AUGAAUACAUCAACACUACCGAAACAUUCAACUACUACUGCAACAACAUCAUCAAAUGGAUCACCGACAACGAUAACGAACAACAACAACCCCAGUACUGCAAAUGCCACCAACAACAAUUUAUCCACAUCAACAGCAACAAGCACAGUCCUUUAUACAGGACUGUUAUACAUACCUGUAGUGGGAAAUAAUGGAAGAAAGCCAUCACAAACACCAAAUCUUCUCUAUAAGGAAUAUUAUUCGGAAUUAUAUGCACAAGUUUCGAGUAGUAACAAUUCUUCAAAAUCUAUUUCACUCAGCUCUCUUGGAACAAUGUUUGCUUACUACACAGGAACUCUUUCAUCGUCUUCCGCUCCACAAGUACAACACUUUUUAAAUUUGUUUGAAAAGGCUCCACAACAGUAUAUUGAUAGCUUGGGAGGGUCACUGGAUCCACAAGAGGUGGAAAACAUGAACGGUUCUUCUAUAUCGUCUUCCAAUUUAACCAGACCUCUUUCCUUUAAUGGUAACACGAGCUUUGCCACUCAACCUUCAAACUCCAAUGAUGGCCCAACAUCAUCAAACACAGCCAAUAAUCCUAAACUCCUCAUGAACUCAUCUUCUCUUUCUUCUCCAAACCUCUCUUCAAAUUUAAAAUCCUCUGUACAGACAUCCCAAAAUUCAUUGUAUACUUUUGUUCCGGGAAAAAAGUCAUCUCUUCCAAUACUUUCUGAAAGCAUGAAACCUUCCAUACAAAUUCCACUUAACAAUGUUUCUGUUCGACUUGACCCAAUGGAAGGAUACUUUUAUUAUUUUGAAUUAAUAUCACCCUCUGUUAUUUAUAAAUUCUUUUGUAGAUCUGAUCAUGAAAUGCGAAGAUGGACCGAGUUAAUUGAAAAAGUUUCUCCCAUAUGUAAAGAAAAUGCAUUGAUCGAAGAAGCAGAACGAAAAAUUGUGGAACUUGAGCGAUCUUGUAACACAAAAAAGCAGCUCACUCACAACAAUGAAAUUAAGCACUAUAGAAUGAAAUAUUAUCAUCAUAUUCUUCCUUCAAGCUCGAAUGUAAAUGCUCCUCCUUCAAGCUCAUCCGGAAUGCUUGUCAACAACAACAUUCAGAGAAGAACAACGCCUACCAUCACUGGAAAUGAUGCUGACACAAGCCAAUUCAAAUAG